AUUACAAUUAAUAUACAAUGAUAUUUUGAUUAAAUUUGAAAUUGUUUAUAGCAGAUGAUAUGAAGAGAUGAUUGAAUGGUGUGACAUUUGUGAAUGAGAACAACAAAAAAGGUAGCUGCUUUGACGUUAUCAAUAAUCAAAUUUACUCAAUCUAUAACUAUCAAGUCAUUUCUUUAUCAAUCAAAAGCUUGAGAUAGCUGAACGGGCAGAAUCACGAGGUGCAUUUUCAUAGAACAAUGGCAAUGGAUGAACAAUCAAAACUGCAAUUAAUUAAAGAGCACAUCGGUGAAUUUGUUGACUUUCCGAAAGAAGGCAUCGUAUUCAGGGAUAUAUUUACAUCACUUUUGGAUGGACGUGUGUGUACGGCAAUACGAGACCUCUUGAUUGAACGUGUUAAAAAGGCGAAUGCAAAAAUCGAUGCAAUUGUGGGUUUAGAUGCUCGCGGUUUUCUUUUUGGUUUUACCAUAUCGGCUGAAUUGGGCAUUCCAUUUGUGCCAAUACGAAAGAAAGGAAAAUUGCCGGGCAAGUGCCGUUCAUAUGAAUAUACAUUAGAAUAUGGUUCGGGUACGUUGGAAAUUCAAGAAAAUAGCGUUCAACCGGGCCAAAAUGUAAUUAUUAUUGACGAUCUACUGGCUACUGGUGGAACAUUGAAUGCUGCCAAUCAACUUGUUACCAAUUUGGGUGCAAAUGUCAUUGAAAUUAUUGUAAUUAUGGAAUUGAAAUCAUUGAACGGACGAGCUAACAUUCCAUCGAAAAAUAUUCACGCUUUAAUCGAAUACGAUUAAUCGUUGCAGGGAAAAAAACAACAAAAACCAACAAAACCGCACAUACACACACAAAAUAAACCAAUUUAAACAAUUAAUAAUUAACAAAUGUAAAAAAUAGCAAAUAUCUAACGAAUGGAAAUUUGUUAUUUGGUACCUGAUCUUUACACAAAAUAAUUGUUAUAGAUUUUUGUUUUUUUGAAAACAUUUAUUCCGUAGUUUACAAUUUAAACAAAUUUUUUAUACAGAAAAGCAAAAAUAAUAGCCAAUUUCAAUAAGAACAUAUGUAUAUCUUGUCAUCUUUGUUGUUUUCUUUUUAUGUUAUGAAUAAAUAAAAGAAGAAUGGAUAAAAAUGAAAGUCGAUUGAUUAAAGAG